CUCUAGACCCAGACUCUAGAAUCACCUCUGCUUUCAUGAAGAGCCCCUAUUAUACAGCACCAUAACUACAAUAUGCCACCACAGAAACAUUCACAGACAGACUCUGCUCAUCCAUGUUACACCAUGGGUAAUGCCACUGCUCACCAUUGUACUGUUACUGUUCAUAAUAAGAGCCAAUACACUCUCUCUGGCUUCAGCCACUACGAUAAAUGUGGAAAGUGGGAAAAGAGGUUGCCACCAUUCAUUCCCCCCAAAGCUACUGCAGAAGGGGACCACGGCCACCCCGAUCAGACGACUCUCGGGGCAGAGGGAGUCUUCACCUACACCCUGAAAGACGCGUCCGGCAAGGCACACAAGAAGGUCGGUGUUGUCUUCAGCGCGCUCCACAACUAUUUCGCAGUAGGAAUCUACGACGUAGGCAAAAGCUGUGAUGGCUUGCUGUAUAAUGAGAUGGUUGGACCUGUUAGUCCAGGACAAGGACGGGAUGCCAGGGACAUGGGAGGGACUCAGUACAGCUCAGAUGGCGUCACCGUUUCAGGUCAAAUGACAGGCACCUGCCAGCUGGAGACAGGGCCGCUGAUAGCUUUGGCCGGGCUCAGGACAAACUCUUCUGAAAUGGCCCCCUCCUCCACUCAAUCCAUGCAACCCAAUUCUAGGCACCCUCCCUCACUGGGGCUUGACAGCAGAACCAGCGUCCUGGAACUGCCCCCUCUGCCGUUCAGGGCCCUGCUGCACAACUCUGACCCCCCUCUCCCCUGCCAGCCUGUCCUUGCCACCGGUCACUCCUCCUUAGCCACAGCCACCUAG